AUGAGAAACAUAAAAAUAUGGGACGGCGGCAUGAUUCCGUACCUCGUGGACACAGCGUUUGAUAAAAACUUACAAUCGGACUUACAAGAAGCGAUUUCGCAAGUUGAGUCUUCGACAUGCGUUAAGUUCGUCCCUUACGUUAGUCAGGAAUACUAUAUUUAUAUCAAGAGCAGUGAUCAAUUCGCCUAUGCUCCAGUUGGUAAGCCAUCAAAGCCUGGAAAAAGUGAGGUUAACAUUCCGAAGAAUUACAACGCGGCGGUGACAAUGCAUCUCAUCCUUCAUGUGGUGGGGCUGGUUCACGAGGAUACCAGACCUGACAGCGGACACCGCCUCGUUUACUACAGAGAAAAUAUUAAGCCAGGUAAACGAUACUAUUUUGUUAAUGCUCAGGCGUGA